AGCGAUCAGUUUGCCGGAGAACGAAACGAAGCGUGUCGGUCGUCGCGCGAGUCUCCUCGCAUUCGCGAUUACUUCGAAUCCAUUCUCUGUUCGUUAUUCCUGACCCGUCUCCUUGCUCUUUCUUUCUAACCCCCCCCACCCACCCACCUUCUGUUUCACUCGCUCUACCGUACAUUACGCGAACGAGCCGCAGUCAGUCGGCACAGAGGCAUCGUUGACGCCGCGCCGCCUCGUCCCUCCUCUUCCCCCCUCUUCCCACUCUUUUCUUUCCCUUCCCGAUUCCUUUUCGCUCUUCUCUCGAUUAAUUCUUCCCUCCCUCCAUUGCUCGCGUUCUUCCUCGCGAUGUGCCGAGGCGACGGUGCUCGUUGGCUUUCGACUUGCGUUCCGCGCUUCUUGUAUUUUUUUCCCUUCCUUCUCGUCGGAGAGUCGCGGUCGCGUUAACGUUCGCUUUCACGCACUCGAUCGAGGAUAUUCGUCGAUCGACGAAUCGAUCGAUCCGGGAUCAGUGUCAGUGUGGUUCAAGUGAUUGUGGUUUUUUUUUUUUUUCUUCUUUAAAAGCUUCGUUCAUUCGCGGUGAUAUUACGAAGAUCAAUGCCUCGAAAGGAAUAAACGAAAAGAAAAACUACUUUGGCGGUGACAAGCGUCGCGCGGGGGAAGGAGAAUGGAGGCGGCGGGGGAGGCUGGCGAUGACAAGAGCCCCUCGAAGACUGAGCCGGAUGACCAGGGAUCGAGGCAACUUAGCGUGGACCAACUGCGCACUCUCUCGAUCGACAAGGUUACGGUGGAGAAGAUCGUGUUGGAAUCGUCGGCGGGCUCGCGAGAGGUGCUGUUGACGAAAAAUGAGAGUUCGAGGCGAGUUUCGAUAAAAUCCGAGGUGGAAAAGCCGGCGAGCGGCGACAAUUAUCGCUCCUCCCUUCCCGACGACAUUAAAGCGUUCGACGGGCGUCGGUCGAAGAAACCGGAGAGGAUCAAACCGAUCAGACUGACCAAGAGCCCGUCCAUAGGCAGCUUGGCGGUCGCGACAGGCGUCCCUGUGGACGAGGCCAAGGGAGAGGACAAAGAGAAUCUGUUGAUCACCGAGGAGGAGGACAAAGAGAAUCUGUUGAUCGCCAAGGAGGAGAAGGUGAACGCGAGAAAUCUGUUGGAGAGGAGCCAGACGAACAUCGAGGUGCUGCAGCGGAACCUGAACACCAGGAUCGGCGCGAGCACCGCCCAAAGGUACAAGAAAAAGUUGCUCGAGUCCCGGGAGAAUCGGCGUCCAAAGUUCGCGGGGAGGAUCGCGUUCGACGAGGAGUUCCUUCAGAAGCACAAUCUCGACAAGAGAUUGAAGAUCGAGGAGUACGGGUUGCCGGACCUUCCUCCGCAACCGGAAGAAGAGGAGGAGGAGGGUAGUUCGAAGGCAGGGUACAGCGAGAAGGUGUUGGAGGUGGAGAAAAGGUGGUCAGGGGAGUUUCUGAAGAAUCAAUUGGACCGCCGCUCCUCGGAGUCGUCCAAGUCCUCUUACGUGGGGGAAUACGGGAGCGUUUCCUCGAGGGAGAGCAUAGCCGAGGACUACGAUCCUAGAGCAGCCUCCUCCGCCGUUCUUUUCCAAGCUGGAAAAGAAAAGUUCGAGGCGGGGCGGCCGAUUAGUUUGAACUGCGCGAAAACUCUGGCCGCGAGCACGUUGAGCACGCUCGACUCCGACUCGUGCCUCGAGGACAGGAUCAAGUCGCUGGAGGAGGACAUCGAGGAGGAUGGGGACUCGGUCGCUCGUCGACGGAUAGGGAGAUCGUCCGAUCCUUGGAGGGAGUCCAUGCUCCCGUUCGAGUUUUGGAAUCGAAAGGAGACUACGGAGUCGAGGAUCGACGAGACUCGAAAUUCGAGAGUCGCUUCAUUGGAGUCGACGAGGGUGGACGGGUACGCGAGCCUGAUAAGGAAGUUCACGAUGGAGGCGGGCUCGUCGCGGUCGAGGAAGGAGGAGAAGCAGAAGAGGAAGCUCGGUUUCCGCCGCCUUCUGCCCGGCUUCUUCUCGCCCAAGGACUCGCGAAAGGAUUACAAGAAGAAGGAGGGGAAGGAGAGGAAGAGGGCGGGCGACGACAGGCACUUCGCCCGCUACCAGCAGAACGGGAACUACGCCAGGUCGGCGGACACGAUGAACCUGAACGAGGACAUCAAGAGGAACGUGAAGCUGGACAACAGCCUGAACGGGUCCAUGAUCGAGGAGAGGCUGGACGAGAUCAAGCGGGAGCUGUUCCCGCUCGAUCAGGGCCCCAUCACGAGCACCCCCGACCACCUGGCGCGCGAGGACCAAGGAGGUGGCGGCCAGCUGCCCGCCCGCUCCUACACCACCGACUCGAGCCUCAGCUCGAUCGCGCCCGACGAACGGUGGGCGGGCGAGAGGAGCGGCCAGCUCCUCGGCGUGUCGCCCGACGCGAGGAAGUUCGAGCAGAGGCAGAGGCAACGUUACGGCCAACCGUUGGAACGGAAGCACAGUUUGCAGGAGCCGAACCACUGCGCCCCCAGGCAGCAGCCGGCCUUCUUCCAGAGGAACCACGGCCCGUCGGGGAGGAUCUCCGCGCCGCCGGCCGAGAGGUACCUGGCCAGGCCGAGGCCGGUCGACCGCCCCCUCCCAGCCAUACCCCGCUCCAGGCUCGACCUCUUGUCCAACUACGAGAAUUACCUGGAGGCGGGCGAGCAGGCGUUGUACGAGAACGAGAACCCGCCGCCGGGCUUGAUCCUGAAGUCGGUCUCGGCCCAGGUCAAGAUCACCAGGCAGCCGAUAGUGAAUCAGAACCAGCGCGCCCCGUUGCUGGGCAGGUCGCCCAAGUACCUGUCCUCGGGCUCGAGCCAGAAGUCGGGGGACUACGGGGGCGAGUCGAGUUGCACACCGAACUCGAGCCAGAAGAGCGAGUUCUCGCCGACCAGCUCCAAGAGCGGCGAGUAUUACCUGCACUCGCCCCGCGACACCGGCUCCCCGAACGAGGAGGACUCUCGAAGGGACGAGGGCAUCUACGAGAACGAGAAAUCACCGGACGAGCGAAUCUACGACGAGACGCCCUGCGAGGAAGCCGACUCGAACCUCGUCGAGGACAAGAGAGGGUCUCCUCGUAGGAGUCGCUCGAGAGGCGGCGAACGAGCCGCUUCCCCGGCGAGGGGAAGCGCGGAGAAGCUGUGCGGGGAGCAGGGAAAAGCGAUCUCGCCGCUGGGACCGAGGCGGCCGCCCUCGGCCAGAAGGGCGCAGCCCAACGAGCAGAUCCUUAUAGCGUCCCCGAAGAGGGACGUGCCGUACGAGACGCGAAUACCGAGGCCGUGCAACGAGUCGAGGCGCUGCCUCGUCGAGUCGCCGGUGCACAUGACGAACGCGCCUCGAAAACUCGUGGUCGACCCGCGGGGCCAAGAUUCGAGCGACGCCUCGAAGGCUCAGGUUAGCUUGGAGAUACCGCGUCCAGAGCCUGUUUACGCGCGCCAGCGGAACCCUGAACCAGCUUCUUCGCCCGAGAAAAAGACGAGCAGUCAAGAGAGAAAGGAGGGGGAGGAGAGGGUGGCUUGGGUCCAGGCGUCGUCCUCGCCGCAAAUCGGCGAGACUGGCUCGCAAAAGGUCGACAGGUCGAUCGAGGAUCAUCGUCAGAAUUCUAUCCCAGCUAUGGAACCUCAGCCACUUCAACGUAAUCCUAAUUUAGAGGAGCAACGGGUCUCCAAUCAGCUCGACUCGAGGCAGAGAAGUUUGGAAGAUGGCGCACAGUACAACCAGAGGACCUACGAAGCGACGCAGCGGAUGGGUCCGUUGUCGCCCUCGAAGCAGGAGACUCGACAGCACCUGGAAGCGUUCUACUGGCAGCAGAAGGCGCUCGAGGCGCACCGGAAGUCGCUCGCGUCCCCGGCGAGCGAGAAGCAGAUUGGGCGAAAGAUCGACUUGCCGGAGGUGAGGGAGGCGGUGUACUGGCAGCAGCUCAAGAAGCUGGACGAGGAGCAGCAGAGGCGCAUCUACGAGCAGAAUCCGAUGGACGAGUCGUCGUACUGCAAGGCGAAGAGAGUAUCCGCGCCGAGGCAGCAGGGACCUCCUGUUCGAGUGGCGGCGACCGGUGGUCUUCCUCUGCCUGUCAUCGCCCAUCAUGGAAACCCAUCCUCGUGGACCUGUGGCAACGCGAAGCCGAGCCCCGGCGGGAAACCGCCGCUGAUGCAGAGCCAGAAGGGCCAGAACCAGCCGGUGCUGAUCGUCCGCCCGCAGCAGGCGAUCCGCGAUCCGCGGGUGGACGCCAAGCCGCUCGACUCGGUGCAGAGAUCGAAGAGCGCGUCACCGCAUUUUCACAGGGGAGACGUUCCUCAGGCGCGGAAGCUCGAGCUUUCCUCCUCGAUCUACGAGGAGGAGCCGACCAACGACGUCGAGGGGAAAGCAGUUGCUCACCCUCCUCCUCCUCCUCCGAUAUUCAAAAGGGGUAGCUUGAUCGGGGGAGAGUCGGUGGAGUACGGAAGCGGGAGCGGCGCGAAGAGGGUGAGCUUCUCGAAUCAGUCGGGCGUGGGCGGGCAGGAGCUGGCCAGCGGAAGUUGGCCCACGAAACACGGCACUGCCCCGGAACCGCCGACUCGAAGGCAUCGAAGCGAGGACAGCGUGUCCGACACGGACUCGGUGUUCUCGUACCCGGACCGCCUUCGUGAUCCUUCCUGCGAGUACGAUGCCGACAGGCCUCUUCCGCCUCUGCCCAAGGACGCGACGAGAAGAGGCGUCGCGUACAACGGGGACACGACGCGUUGCAACGUCGGAGUGGAUCCUAGACGCGGCGUCAGCCCGCAGCGAGUACUUCGACAGAAGGAGGAAGAGUGGAAUUCGGAUGGCAAGGGUCGACAGUCCAACGACAUCGGUGGGUCCGGCAGGGGGGAGGGUGAGGCAGGCUCGAACGAGGUUCCAACUGGGAGGAGAGGCGGCGGUGGCGGCGGCGUGGGUAGCGGAGUCGGCGGGGGCGGGGGCGGAGGAGGAAGCGUGCUGGGGGUUGGCGGAGGUGGCGGAAGCGGAAGCAUCGGGGGCGGCUCGGGGGGCAGAAGCGGAUCAGGGGGAGGCCGAUCGAGGGACGAGCCGAGGAGGCACACCCUCGGCGGCGAUCACCAACCGUCCCUACAUCAUCAGCAGUUCAACGCGGCCCAGCAGCUACACCCCCUUCAUCCCCAUCAUCUGCCGCCGCCACACGGCCAAUACGGUACGCCGCCCACGCGUCAUACCACCAUGGAUCUCGAGAUGGGGACCAAGUCUCGCCAGAGAAAGUCGCCUCUUCCGCGCGGGUACCCACCUCCCUCUACGACGAUGUUGUUCGAUGACGACCCGGGCAUCAUGUCCGAGGUGGAGACAUCGAGCACCGGAUUUCGACGGGGUGGCAAGCAAAGAAGCAGCCUCCCCGUCGUACGGACCCCCAGCAAAACUCUGGAGCGACCACUAGGUCUAGUGUUCCUGCAGUAUAGGAACGAGACGAAGCGGGCGCUCCUACCGAACGAAAUCACUAGCAUAGACACCGUUAAGGCUCUCUUCGUACGAAGCUUUCCCAAGCAACUCACUAUGGAAUAUCUAGACAGCCCCCACGUCAAGGUUUACAUACACGAUAGCAACAAGGAUAUGUUCUACGAACUCGAAGAUCUCAGAUCGCAUCUGAGAGACAUCCGAGACCGAAGCGUCUUGCGACUAUUCGAGAGCACUGACGGUGUGACAGGGAUGCCAGGGCCAUUGGGGAUACCAGGGACAGGAACGGGGCUACCACCUCACUGGGAGGACCAGAGCUACUUCAGCGAGCCGGAAUUCGACAGCGAAUACCAACAUCAGCAUAUCCACAAGAGCAAGACGGCGAAGAACUCGACUUCCGGGAAUAGCGGAUACUAUGUCGGAGGAAGCAGCACUCUGCCACGAGGAGGACAACUAAUGAGGGCGUACAGUCCGGCGGCGUCGUCUGUGGUCGGAGGACCAAACGCGACGCCGACACAACCGAAACCUCUCGCCACUCCAGAUGGUUGGAUAGGUGGUGGCGGGGUGCCGCCGGCCAAGCCGCUUCGCAGCUACCAGUGUGGUAAGAGUCCCCUUGGAAGCCUGGGGGGCUCGGCUCGCUUCUCUAGAGACAGCUCGGUCUCCCUCUAUAGUAUAGCAGAUCGAUUGCAUGGGGAAAGCGGUUAUAUGAGCAGUCCCGAAAGAGGUGGAGGAGUUGGUUCUGGAACGGGAAGAUACCCACCCGGCCCCUACAGCGCAGGAAGCAGCUACGAGGAUCCGUACUAUUCGCAAUAUUCGGGCACUGUGACACCUGUCAUUGACGAGGAAGCCAGUGGGUGGUGCAGCGAUACGGAGCUGUUGGAGGAAUCGUACAGCCUUUACGGUGUGAAACCGCCAGGCCGUCCACCGUCCGGUCCUCCGCGAUCUCCGUUUCCCCCAGGGGCACCACCACCUUUGCCACCUGGUAGUCAGAGCUACGACGCUACUCGGAUAAGGGUAGAGCACAUGGAGAGACAGUUGGCCAACCUGACAGGACUAGUGCAGAAAGCUCUCACCCAUGCACCGCACACGAGCCCAUCACCACGUGAUUACUUGCAAGUUCCCGCGGGACGUGAUCCUUACGCGAGAGGGCCAGGCGCCGGGGACGAGUUCGACAAACAUUCUAGCUCCAGCUCUGCCUCAUUGCCAGUGUCUCAACCUGCCGUUACAGAUGACUCGUACUUAAGGACUGACGUAAAACCACCAAAGUUAGGCAAAGACAAGUCGGUGUCGUUUGAAAAAUCAGUGUCCUUCAGUGAUGAGCCUCCAGACAUGAAUUCUCCCAAGCAACAUUCCCCGCAGCACGCAGCGGACACAAAACCAACGAAACCGGCGAUCAAAUCCUCCACGUUGCCGAGGAUGUCUUCGCAAGAGAGAGACAGGCAUAAACCUACCCCGCCGCCGAAACCGGCCGCGCUGGUUGCCGGCCAAUACGUAUAUCGGGACAUGGCUUUGACACCGGAAAUGUACAAUCAGCUGAGAGGCUUGCAGAAAAAGGCCAAGGAUCUGAGGCAAGAAGUUAGGAACUUGAGGCGCAUGUCUCAGGCUCAGGCGCACACCAUACGGGAGACCAUUUUGGAUACGUUCAUUACCAUCAGGACAAUGUUGCUGUCGUGCGGCGACGCAGCCUGGGACGCGGAGAAGAUUCGACUAAGCCGCGAGGAGGACCUCUACAGGCAGGAGAUGUUGAGGCUGGUAAAAGAUCUAACCGAGCUGGAAAACACGGUGGAGGAACUACGUGGCAAUGUCAUAAAUAGAAAGACUAGAGUGAACAUGUCGGAUGUGGAGAACAUGGCCUUGAUAAUGAGCAAAUCUAGCAAAACGGUAGCGGAUCUAAAGGUGCGAUUCCCAAGUUUACAAGAGGGUAUGAAAGGUCUGUUGAGUUCUGAAAUGGAGAUGGUUGUGCGAGCGGAAAAGUUCCUCAAGGAAGAGCCAGAACGAUUGGAGUCGGCGUUGAAACGUUGCAAAAAGCUCACAAGUACCCUCGUGACGCUCAAACGUUUGGCGUCGGUGCAAGAGCAGCGAUUACCAAACGCAGCAGCGAGCAUAGACGCCGAAGAGACGCCACCAAUAACACCAACCUCUGCUCAACAUUCCAAGGCAGCUGCCCCUGUGCCAGCGGAACGCACUGUCGUGGGGUCAGCGAGCGUCAUCGGGGGAGGGCCCCACACUCACGAACCACCCGCCACCCAUCAGCAGCGUCCGGAGAACGCACUCGACGCUCUGUUAGACGAGCUGCAGACGUUCUCGAGGCCAAGCUCGCAACUCGGCCACACUCAAGGAUCCUCGACCAUGCUAUCGGAACUGGGCAGGUCGGGCAGCAGAGGAGACGCGACUGGGGCGACGGGCGUUGGAACGACUGGCCGACCGCCGUGUAUCUCCGAUAUAGGAAGGAAAGGAAGCGUAGAUUCGACGAGUGGAAUUUUGCCAAGCGGCGGGACACUGGUUCCUGUCGGAGGACCACAGACCACGGGUGGAACGCUACGUAGAUUGCACUCUUAUCCGUCUAGCUCGGACACAGACACGUCACCUCCCAUAGCGAGACUACAGGUGUCUCUGCAGGAACAACCGAGCUUGCCUACGUUGCCGCAAGGUUUCGUCCCGGGACAGAAGCCGCCGGUACCCGAGCGAAACGCAGAAUUGCUUCAAUUGGCCAGCGCGAGGAGAGUCCCACCCCCUCCACCGCCGCGUACUAGUUCUAGAUCUCCAUUGGCUAGUCCGACCAGUCCUCAGUUGCCACCUAGAAAUCAUUCUUGCAACUUACAGAGCGCAAAUGCAACGCUGCGAAGGCCACCAGCGCGCGGUACUCUACCGGUGAAAGAAGGAAAGCCUCCGAUGGCCUUACCAACAGAGCAGCCAGGAGGAUUGGGUUCCACGCUAACUUCCACAAUCGGCGGUUCUGCACUGGAGACAACGUCGAGUCCGGUGCUUCACAAUAAUUCAACCAGUUCUCAAUCAUCGGCCGUGCUAUCCACCAGUAACUCGAGUUCCUGUGAGAGCGUAAACUCGCAAGAGGGUCUGCAGAGCAAGAAGGGAAGACAGGAGCAGCUAGAACAACGGCAUCAGGAACUGCUGCGUAAACAGAAAGCUCUGCAAGAACAAUACGCGAGAUUACAACAAUUGCAGAGGAACACCGCGGGCCUGACCACCGUCCCGCCUGCGCCGCCUGAUCUCUUGAAAAAGACAGGCUCGGAGAGCAAUCUGUUGGCCAAAAUGGGCCUAGGACUGAGCACCGCCAGCUCGGGUUCUCUAACAAGUCUGACCGUGAAACCCUCUAUUCCUCAGGAGGUUUCUGUGGAUAGCCUGCGAACGCGACAGGAAGAGGCGAAUGAACAUCAACCGGUGUCGACCGCGAACUCGACGUCCAAUAUAGAAAGUGGCAACGCUGCAAUGGCCAGCACAAGCGACUCGAAUGACAGUCAGCAGAUCGCUAGCGUAAUUUCUGUGGGAACCGCGAUCGUUUCUACCGCGGCGUCAUCUGGUAACAACAACGCGAGUACGACCACUACAACCACUACCAGUAAGAUCUACGAAACAGAUAUUCUGUGACCGAGAAGCCGUUCGUUGCUCGAAUCGAGCGUUAAAGUGGCUGCCGAAGUCGUGCUCGCGAGUUAACCGCGUUAUUCCUCAGAAUAGAAGGCGCGAAUAGAAGGGAGAUAAAAACUCGAGAUGAAAUAAAUACGAAUUAAAGUUUUGGUAAAGCACGAAAGACGAAAGAUAUUUCGUCGAAGGAGGUUAGGUUUCUGCGACGAAUCGCGAAAGACAUGCGAUCUUGUCAGCUGGAAAGUAGAGUACAGCGUAGAGAACUUAGCGAGUCACGCGUAAUUUAUAAUAUCGAUUAUCAUAAUUAAUAAACGAUAUAUAGUAUUAAUAAUCGUAAACGAAAAGCGCAAUCUCUCUCUCGGAACGCAUAAUCCGGACGCAUAAUAAUAAUAAUAAACGAGGCUGAGAGUGGUCUCCUCGUCACCUUUAUUUGCGAUCGUUAAGAAUAGAAAAGAAAGAAAGAAAAAAAAAAAAAAAAAAUUCGAUGGUUCGAAGAUCGAGUUCCUGGCCGCAAGAUGAUAGAAUAUCGUCGAGCGUAUUAACCUAUUGCGGCGACGAUUGUGCCAAAACGGAGAGCGAAAGCCACUUAUCGUAAAAAAUAUCAAACGACACGAUUUGUCAUCGAUGCUCUCUUUCUUCGCGUUUUCUUCUCGAGUUCCAUUAAGCUUCAUUAACUUUCCCAUGAGCGGACGAACCCUGACAGUCGCUAAUAAUCGGGGAUUGUCGAAUUAUCAUGCAUACUUAUGAAUAUAUCUUAACUAUAUCUAAAAAAAAAAAAAAGAAAAAAAAGAACGAUAAAUUUAUAUACAAGAAAUGCAGGAGUAAGAAAGAAGUUUCUAUAUUAAAUGAAUAUUUAAACGAAAUAUAGUUAGAUAGAUAGAAGAACAGCAGAUAAAAGAACGUAUUACGCAAAAAACGCUGUAAUGUUAAACUCAAAAAGGGCGUUCAUUCCUGUUUGAGAACCGGCUAUCUAUGAAGUUGCACAAAGUGUUAACGAACGCGCUAACGAAAUGAGCUAUACGCGUAUUUCUCUCCAUAUAUUUACUUGUAAGUCACGGUGUGUGAAGCAUUCUUCAUGUGUUUCUAAGUAGCUUCGAUCGGAAGAAGAUAUAACCUCGAUUGAAAACACGAAGAAUUGGAGAGCGAUCGUUUCUCGUGUCGAUUAAACGCAUAUUAGUUAACGGUAUUCCGUUAAUCUUCGAAAGAUCGAUUUUUUCGACGGACAAUGGCAAGAUUGAAAGGAACAUUGCUCAAUAUUUACCGAUCGAAAAAUGCAUCGAGUGUUUGCGACGCGCAUGCGCGGCGUUUUCGUACCGUUCCACAACACGUUCCAAGAUGCGUGCAGAUUCUUUUCUCUUCAGAGAAAUUCAGCAAAAUCUGAACGAAAUCAAAGUGUAAAUUAUUAUUUAAUGUAUCGCGUUCUCUCGAAUCGAUCGUUUACUGAUCGCUUUGCGAACUUAUUGCCAACUUUAUCGCUUUGCCUAUCGAUCGGUCGACCAAUCGAAUCUUAACACCUUUUUAAUUGGCACUCUUUUUGGAACGAUUCUACGGUCAACGUCGCGCCACUCGCGCCAAAUGUUCAUUCCUAAUUCAAUUAGCUGAUUAAAUUAAUUCGCUUGAAUCGCGUCAAUUCGUUGAUAGAGCAUGUCGCAAUUGUCACGCGCAAGUCUCAAGUUUCUGUCAGCCUUUGAAAGACGUCUUGAUUUCUUUGUAAAGGUAUUGGCGUUAAACGGAAAAAAAAAAAAAUAAAAAUAA